AGCAAUAAAUAUAGUAUAUAAGCAAAUUUAAAUUUUGUAAUGUGGGCGCCAAGCACAGAAGAUAACUAUUUUGCCAGCAUGGACACAGCUAAAAAUAUAGUACAUCUAAUGCCUAGCGUAGAAAUGAUGGUGACCUUUGCAGGAGGAGGACCAAACGAUAUGAUGCGCUCGAAAAAAGCUUGUUUACUGUACGCGGAAAAAGUAGAUUAUAAGGAGUUGAUUCAAUUGCGGUUGGCGGAGAAAUGUGACCAGCGACACAUGUAUAUAGCCACAGUAGACAGCGUAUCGUUUCAAGAGCUAAAGCAGGAUCAGGGUCUGAAUGUAACUUUUGCUGGAUUUAUGGAGAAUGUGGUUCGCAUGCUGAAGGACUGCCACGCGAGCAAGCUAGAGCUAUGCCUAACAGCUACAGAUGUUGCAGAGCAACAGCGCAAGUUCAAGCUGCAAUUUGUGGAAGUUCGUCCUUUUAAAAAUCUAGUGCACUUGUGCCUGCCAUGUCGAGCUGCGCCACUACACACCGUGCUCUUCUACAUCAAUUCAAUGCUGGAUGCGGCCAAUAAGAGAAGUUACAUGCUGGAGCAAAACACCCAGCAAAUGCAAUUAGAACUGAAUUCCCAAAGAGCGCACAUUGAGCAAUUGGGAGGAGAUUGCAAUCAACUACGCUCAACGCUAGCGGAGAAUGCGCGUCAACUGAGCGAAAAACAUGCUCUGGAACUGCAACAAAUGCAGGACAAAAUGUGCAAGCUAAACGAACAGCGUAGCAGUGACUUGGAGCGUAAUCGUCGUACCAUUGCAGGACUGCAAAGUCAGCUGGACAGAGCUAUGCUGGAUAAAGCUGACUUAAAAACCAUACAGGAACAAACUGAAAAACGCAAUCAAAACUUAAAUGAAGAGCUUAGCUGUUGCAAAUCACGAAUGUGCAGCUUAAAGGAACAAAAUGAUAAGUUACAGGGCGAACUAACAGAUGCCAAAAAACACGAACGUAAGCUGGAAUACAAGAUAGAGGAUCUAAAACAACAUACAGCAGAGCUGCAAGAGCACAUACAAAAAGGCAACAAGGAGAAGGCCAACAUUGCUGCCGAGCUGGAAGCUGAGAAAAAGAUUCUGCACACCAAGCGACAAGCGUUGGAAAUGGCCUCCGAUGAGAUUGGCAAAGCGAAUCAGAUUAUACUCAAACAAAAUCAGGAAUUACUUAUACAAAAAAGAACCAUAGCCUGGCGCACUGAAGUAGCGUUGCAACAAGAAAAAGCCAUUAAAGAAAAAGAGAAGCUAUUACGCCUUCGAGAGGAAGAGCUUAAGCAUGCCCAGGAAACCAAUAAACAACUACGCGAAGAAAUUCCACAACAGCUGCAAUCUAUGCGCAACUUUGCGCAGGGUCUGGAACAAAAAUACACAAAUCAAAUACACAAACUGAAGGAGCGCAUAUCCAACGUAUCAGGCAAGGAAAACUGUGGCCUUAAAGCUAAUCGCAAAUAGCAAAAUUAUAUCGCUUACGACAAUUGUUAAUUUAUAUGUAUUUUCAA